GGCUGCUGGUGUGUGUGCUUUCCUUCAACGUGGACCAGAAGAACAGCCUUUCCUUCAGCGGGCCGCUGGAGGACAUGUUCGGCUACACCGUGCAGCAGUUUGAGAACAGCGAGGGAAAAUGGGUUCUCAUCGGGUCGCCGUUGUCGGGGCAACCGGCCAAACGGACCGGAGACGUCUACAAAUGUCCGGUGGGCAGAAACAACAACACGUGCGUCAAGCUGGAACUGCCCGAAAACACAACCGUUCCCAACUUGCGUGAAGUCAAGGAGAACAUGACCAUGGGAACCACGCUGGUGACCAAUCCCAGCGGAGGCUUUCUGGCGUGCGGUCCUCAGUACGGCUACAUGUGCGGGGAGCAGCAGUACAUCUCGGGGGUUUGUGCCAACGUCAGCUCCUCCUUCCAGAUCCUCAACUCCAUAGCACCAGCAGUGCAAGAAUGUUCAAAGAAUCUGGACAUCGUGCUGGUCCUGGACGGCUCCAACAGCAUCUACCCCUGGGAGAGCAUCGUCAAGUUUGUGUUGGGCUUCCUCAAUAAAACCCAGAUCGGACCACAGCUCUCACAAGUGGGAAUAGUGUCCUACGGAGAAACCGUGAGUCACCUGGUCAACCUGAGCCAGUUCGACAACAGCAAGGACCUGCAGCAGUUCGUCAAAGGCCUCCCCCAGCACACCGGCAUGAAGACGCGCACCUUCCUGGCCAUCGACACGGCCAGGAAGGAGGCCUUCAUGCCGGAGCGGGGGGCGCGGCCGGGCGCCAAGAAGGUGAUGGUGAUCGUCACCGACGGGGAGUCGCACGACUUCUACGACCUGCAGCGCGUCGUGGGCCAGUGCGAGGAGGACGACAUCGAGAGGUUCGGGAUAGCUGUUUUGGGAGACUACAACCGACAGAACAAAACGGCGGAGGAAAUGCAGAAGUUCAUCAGAGAGAUCGAGCUGAUUUCCAGCCCGCCGUUAAGGGACCACUUCUUCAACGUGUCUGACGAGUUUGCUCUGCUGAACAUCGUGGAUACGCUGGGGAACAGGAUUUUUGCCCUGGAAGCCACCACCAGCAACUCCACGUCCUCCUUCGAGAUGGAGAUGUCCCAGACCGGGUUCAGCGCUCACGCCUCCAAAGACGGCGUGCUGCUGGGAGCAGUGGGCGCCUACGACUGGAACGGGACGGUGGUGAUGCAAACCGGGGGGAGUGUGAUCGAGCCGGAAAAAAACUGGUAUUACGACCCAGAGUCUGAGGGCAGGUACGAAGGACUGGCGGGGUACCUCGGCUAUGAUGUCCAGUCGGCGUCCACCCCGAAAGGAGAGCUGUACAUCACGGGGGCCCCCCGCUACAACCACACGGGCCGCGUGGUCAUCUACCGGCUGAACAAGAAGAACAAAAUCGUCGUUUCACAGACACUGAAAGGAGAGCAGAUCGGCUCCUACUUUGGCAGCGUGCUGCAGACGGUGGACAUCGACGGGGACUCCUACACUGACCUGCUCCUGGUGGGAGCCCCCAUGUUCAUGGGCUCAGAGAGGGACGAGCAGGGCCAGGUCUACGUCUACAAACUCAGCCAGGAGGGCCGGUUCCAGCACCAGUUCACCCUAAAGCCCGUGAACCAGACCUGCUGCUCGGGGAAGUCGUCCGGCUGCAGGAACGAGCCCUGCGGCGCCCGCUUCGGCACCGCCAUCGCCGCCAUCUCCGACCUCAACCUGGACGGCUUCAACGACGUGGCCAUCGGCGCCCCCCUGGAGAACGACCACCGGGGGGCCGUCUACAUCUACCACGGGGACAAGGCCUCGCUCAGGGAGAAGUUCGUCCAGCGCAUCCCUGCGGGCGGGGACGGGGAAAAGGUCAAGUUCUUCGGCCAGUCCAUACACGGCGUGAUGGAUCUGAACGGAGACGGGAUCACAGACGUGACCAUCGGGGGCCUGGGGGGGGGCCUCCCUCUUCUGGUCGAGAGACGUCGCGGAGCUGCGUGCCAACAUGACCUUUAACCCCCGGAAGAUCAGCCUGCAGAAGUCCCAGAACCAGUGCGAGCACGGGGACCGGAGGUCCGCCUGCGUGAACGCCACCGUGUGCUUCCACUACCACGUCAAGUCCGACAACAAGGCCCGAGACGAACCGGCAGAGAUGGGCUACACCUUGGUCCUGGACGCUCUGCGGGCGCUGUCCAGGGCCACCGUCAUCGACGGGGACAAGAGCGACCGUAAGAUCUCCAGGACCUUCCAAAUCCGGCACGGAGAGGGGAAAUGCAUGAAGGAGACCAUCAUGAUGUCGUCCGUACUGGAUUUCCGCGACCCCCUGUUGGUGUCUUUGAAGUUUGGACCAACGAAAGAGGACCAAGGCCCGGUUCUGGAUGAAAGCCUCCCCAAAUCCAUCAACAAAACAAUUCCUUUGGUGGACUGUGGAGACGAUAAGAAGUGCAUCACUGACCUCUCCCUCAAAGCAAAACCCAGUGUGAAAAGCGCGGUGAUAAAAGCCACCGCGAAAGACAAGAUCGAUGUGAACGUCAGCGUCAAAAACAAGCGAGACAACGCCUACAACACCAGAGUGGUGCUCAGCUUCACGCCCAACGUCGACUACGUGAAAGUAGAGCCGGAAAUGGUGUGCACCCUGAACCACACCAGGCUGGAGUGUGCGGUGGGAUACCCCUUCCUGGGCAACAACGUGGAGGAGCAUUUCAAAGUGCGGUUUGAGACCAACCCCAAACACAUCCAGGAGGAGAUUCAGAUCCAGGUGAAAGCCACCAGUGACAGCGAGGAGCAGCUCUCCACACUGGGAGACAACAGCGUGCAUAUCUCCAUCCCGGUGAAAUAUGAAGCCGGGGUCAUAUUUACAGUAGAUUACACGGAAGUGCACGUGGAGGUGGCGGAGGGCGAACAGCACGCGCCCUCGUUCAACGACACCAGCAUGAUCGGAGAGGAGGUCAACAUCAACUACAAGGUGGAGAAGUCAGGUGACAUGGCCACGCCCCCCCUCCGGCUGACGGUGGCCUACCCUAAACUGUCUCCUCUGAAGAACCGGCUGCUCUACCUGACCCACGUCACCACCAGCCCAAAGGUGAAAUGUGAGGCGGCACAUUUGAUCAACCCGGAUAAAAUCGGGCCCGGCGUUCUGGUCCCCAAACCCAAGAAAGAGACGCUGGGCUUCUACGUGCUGCAAUGCGGAGCGACCGACUGCGCCUCCUUCCGCUGCCUCAUCUCUGAAGCCAACACCAGCCAGGUCAACGUCACGUUCAGGGUCUGGAAACCCACCUUCAUCAAGGGGGAGUUUUCCAGUCUGUCCAUGAUGGUGAACGCCACGUUAAAUAUAGAAAACGCCCACCUGUUCGAGCUGGGGAGCAAUGAGAGACCCAGGAGUGUGAGGAUCCAGGUGUCCAAGCAGACCGUGGGAGGAAUCCCCAUCUGGAUCAUCAUCCUCAGCAUCCUGAUAGGACUGUUGAUCCUAGCGCUUGUCAUCUUCAUCCUCUGGAGGUUGGGCUUCUUCAAGAGAAAAUCCCCAAACUACUCAGAAAAAGAGGACAUGAUGGACUGAGAACUGAUCCCAGAUGGAGGAGACGCCAUAAGACCCUCAGACACCUCAGUGCUUUGACCCACUACCUGGAAAACGCAGUUAGCAUCGCAGUUUUUUCUGCCUUGAUGUGUGAAACAAUCUUUUCCAAAACUUUCCCAGCUCUUUUUGUACUGCUUUAAUCUCCAGGUGACCAGACUCUGAAUCCCCACGUACAAAUCAAAGAGCGUCCUUAUUAUUUCCCUGCAGAAUUUUUUUUUAAUCUGUUGAUAAAGUGUCAUUUCUUUGCAUCCCAUGCAGCAGAUUUACAGCAUUUUCAAAGCUCCUUUACCUCCAUUCCAGCUGUAGAGGAACAAACGGUCUCAGGUUUUCCACGACGAGGAUCCAAAGUUGCCUAAACCACCUUAAAAAAAAAGACAAUAUGUGAAUUUUACACACGCUGGACUCUUAUAUGCAAACGGUUUGCUUGAUAGAUUUUUAUGAAACACUGUAUAUUUGAGCAUUUGUAUACCUUUUUUGUUGUUGUUGCAGAGGUUUUUUUGAUUCAAUCCCAGGGCACAUGUUUUAGUCGAAGCUUUUGGCCAAAUGUGGAAAACUGAAGGCUCCACUUGCCUUUUCCAGUCGCCUCCGAUCUUCCGAGAGAACAAGGAGGCAGCAAAACUUCGAUUGUACUGUAAAUACAAGUGCUCACAGAUGUAAAGCUUUAACAAUGUAAAUAAUUGAGUUAGCCUUUAAUUUAAUUUAGUUUUCUUUUUGCUUUUUUUUUUUUGUAUCAAAUGUUAUUUCUGUUGAUUUUGCUCAGGUGCUAGACGUAUAAUGACUGAUGACAUUCACAUUUGACACAAAAAAAAAAGCCUUUUGUCACGAAUUCAGAGUUAAUGCAAAUAUGUAAAUAGUGUUAUAUUUUGAUGAAAACUGACCGUAUAACUAUAAUGUACUGAAAUAUACACAGAAAUGAGGGUUUGUAUCCACUAUUUGAUUUGAAUUGAUUGAAAAGGAUUUUGAUUAUGAUGCUGAUCAAGGUGGGAUAUAUUUUCUUUAUUUGACUAAAUAGAGGAGGUAAAUGUCUGCCUGUGCCUCUGGUAAAGUUAUUACAAAACAUUUGCACACUGUAGGCUCACUGUCACCCCCAUAAGCAAUACACAGUACCUUAUUCAUCCAGGUUCUCGGCCCUGUUUUUGUUUCCAGUCGUUGCACAGAUACACAGUGUGUUUGAAGAGAUGCUGGGGGAGAAAGUUUCCUACCUCUCCUCAGACUUUUUCCUCCCCUGGCAGGAAAAGGUUGAGGAGAAAUAGCAGAAAGGAGGAGACGGUUUUCUGAGCGUUUAGGUCCUCCUCAGCUCUCGCCUCCACUGUAAACACGAAGCACAUGUGAUCAAUUGUAUGUACAGAAGCUAUAAGCGUCGGCUGUUGUAGGAUUGUAUCGCCACAUUGGGUUUACGCGCGAGGAGGAGGGAGAGGCACAAAGUGGAAGUUGUGAGCUCCAGGCCAGCCCUCUACACUGCUGUGAAGCCUCCAUUGUAAUGCACUGGUUUGUCCGACAUGUAUGUGUCCUCAUCAGCACAGAAAUGAGUUAAAUCUUGUGUACAAAAAUAAAGACUUUUUAUGGAA